UAUAGCCACAGCAUGCUCAGUUCCAAUACGCGGCGAUGUCGUCGCUCGUAUUGCAAUCUAAUAGAUCUGCUAGACCAGAUGAACCAACAGGACAGGCGGAGUCCCUGGCUGGCAAAGUAACAGCUAAAGAUAUGGGUACACGGGCUACGAGAGAUACCGUUAAAGAUAAGGAGAAGAAGAAGCUCAAGUCAAAGUUCGACGAUCAGGAUCCUUCAUCUACGACAGCUAGGAGUUCAGCCACUAAUAAAGGAUAUGGCUACACCAACAUUUUGGAGGCUACACAAGAUAUGGAGGGUUUGGACUAUAGACCGAGAACGGCAGAAACUAGACAAGUUUACGAGUUGAUCUUGUCUGUUGUACAUUCAAUAUUGGGUGAUACUCCUCAAGAUACUAUCAGAUCAGCUGCAGAUGUUGCACUUGGUGUCCUUAAAGAUGAAAAUCUCAAAGAUUUCGACAAGAAGCGCGAAAUUGAAGGUUUCGUUGGUCAAUUAUCUGAUGACCACUACUCUCAAUUGCUAGGUCUCUCAAAAAAGAUCACAGAUUACGGAGAUGCAGAUGUUGUUAUGGCUGAUCCAGAUGCCGAGAAGAAAGAAGGUGAAAUUGAUGAAGAGGGUGUCGCUCUUCUUUUCGAAGAUGAUAACGAACAAGACGAUGAUGAAGAGCGAUUCGAAGUCGGUGAUGACCAAUCAGAUGAUGAGGAAAUGAAAGAAGAAGAGGAACAAGAAAAUCUCGAUGAUGACAGUAAUGAAAUGGUCAUCGGUGGUGAAAAGAAGCAAACAUCUGAAGCAAAGAGCAAAAUUCCCGCUGCAGAUGUCGAUGCCUUCUGGCUGCAGAGAACUAUUGCUCAACACUAUCCAGAUCCUGUAGAAACUACCGAGAAAACAUCGUCUGUUUUCGACCUCUUGUCAUCAGAAGCUGGCGCCAGAGAAGUUGAGAAUGGCUUGAUGGACAUUUUUGAUUACGAAAGGGAGUUAUUCAAGGUCGUUCAAACUUUACUCAUCAACAGAGAUCUCAUAGUAUGGUGUACAAAGUUGGCCAGAGCUUCAGACGAUGAAAAGAUGGAUCUUGAAGUAAAAAUGCGUGAGAAGGGAGUUGGUUGGAUUCUUCGUGAGUUAAAGGGUGAAAAGCCUAAACAAGAAGGCGGUGAUGUUGCGAUGGAGAUUGACCAAAGCAAGCAAGCCGUACCAAACAAGGCCACACUUGCACCUGGAUCAACAGUUGCGCCAAAGCGUGUUGUCGAUUUGGAUAGUAUGGCCUUCUCCGCUGGUGGUCAUCUCAUGUCAAACAAAAAGGUUAAACUUCCUGAUGGCUCUUUCAAGCGUUCUAAGAAGGGUUAUGAAGAAAUUCACGUUCCAGCGCCUAAAGUGACUCCAGUUAAGGAAGGUGAAUUGGUUCCAAUUACAAAAUUACCAGAGUGGUCACGAGAAGCCUUCCCCGGUACCAAGACCCUCAACAGAGUUCAAUCUAAACUCUACCCUGUUGCAUUUGGGCAAGAUGACCCCAUUCUUCUUUGUGCACCAACAGGUGCUGGUAAGACAAAUGUUGCUAUGCUUACCAUGUUGAACACUAUUGCUCAAUACAGAGAUGAAGAGACCGGUGCUAUUGACUUGGAUGCCUUCAAAAUUGUUUAUGUUGCUCCAAUGAAAGCUCUUGUUCAAGAGCAAGUCGGUAGUUUCAGCAAGAGAUUAGAACCAUUUGGUGUCAAGGUCAAUGAGUUGACAGGUGAUAGUCAACUUACCAAGCAGCAAAUUGCCGAAACUCAAGUUAUCGUCACAACGCCUGAAAAAUGGGAUGUUAUCACUCGUAAAUCAACAGACACAUCAUACACCAACCUUGUCAGACUCAUGAUCGUCGAUGAAAUCCACUUGUUGCAUGAUGACAGAGGUCCUGUCUUGGAAUCUAUUAUCGCUCGUACUAUUCGCAGAAUGGAACAGAACGGUGACUAUGUUAGGGUCGUUGGUCUAUCAGCUACACUUCCAAAUUACCAAGAUGUUGCUGCAUUUUUGAGAGUAGAUAUCAACAAAGGUCUUUUCUACUUCGAUGGUAGCAUGCGUCCAUGUCCAUUACAGCAACAAUUUGUUGGAAUAACAGAAAAGAAGGCAAUCAAGAGAUUUGCGACGAUGAACGAAGUUUGUUAUGAAAAGGUCUUAGAGCAGGCUGGCAAGAACCAAGUUAUCGUUUUCGUUCAUUCCCGUAAGGAUACUGCGAAGACAGCCAAAUUCCUUCGUGACAUGGCUGUUGAGAAGGACACUAUCACUCAAUUCGUCAAUGCUGAUUCAGCAAGUAGAGUGAUCCUUACAGAGGAAGCCGAGAAUGCAAGCAGUGGAGAUAUGAAGGAUUUGCUUCCAUUUGGUUUCGCUAUUCACCACGCUGGUAUGACUAGAGCUGAUAGAAAUGCUUCAGAAGAUCUUUUCGAUAAAGGUCACGUUCAAGUCUUGGUUUGUACCGCCACUUUGGCUUGGGGUGUCAAUUUACCUGCACACACUGUCAUUAUCAAAGGUACACAAAUAUACAACCCAGAAAAAGGUAGAUGGAGUGAACUCUCACCUCAGGAUGUUUUACAAAUGCUCGGUAGAGCAGGUAGACCACAAUAUGAUACAUUCGGUGAAGGUGUAAUUAUUACAAACCACACUGAAUUACAGUACUAUCUCAGUUUAAUGAAUCAACAAUUACCAAUCGAAUCACAAUAUGUCAGCAGGCUUGUUGAUAACCUUAAUGCUGAAGUUGUACUUGGGUCAAUUCGUAAUCGUGAUGAAGCUAUUCAAUGGUUAGGAUACACAUAUUUGUAUGUCAGAAUGUUGCGUUCACCUAGCUUAUACUCUGUUGGUGAAGACUAUGAUGAUGAUGUUGGUUUAGUGCAAAAACGCUCUGAUAUCAUUCACACUGCUGCAGUACAAUUGGACAAAGGCGGUUUAGUCAAAUAUGAUAGAAAGACUGGUACACUUCAAUCAACGGAAUUGGGUAGAAUCGCAUCUCACUUCUACGUAACCAACACAUCUAUGGCAGCUUAUAUGAAGAAUCUUCGUCCAACAAUGAGUCUCAUUGAGUUAUUUAGAGUAUUUGCCUUGUCGAAUGAAUUCAAACUCAUACCAGUUCGUCAAGAGGAGAAACUUGAAUUGCAAAAGUUGAUGGAGAGAGUUCCUAUACCAGUCAAAGAAUCCGUUGAUGAGCCUGCUGCAAAAAUCAACGUACUUUUGCAAGCAUUUAUUAGUGAUUUGAGAUUAGAUGGUUUGGCAUUGGUCAGUGAUAUGGUCUUCGUUCAACAAUCAGCUGGUCGUAUUAUUAGAGCUAUCUUUGAAAUUUGCUUGAAGCGUGGUUGGGCUGCACUCACACGUGAUGCACUUGAUUUGUGUAAGAUGGUUGACAAAAAGUUGUGGAAGACAAUGACACCACUCCGUCAAUUUAAGGGUAUUCGUCAAGACGCAUUCCAAGAGGUCGUAAAGAAGGCUGAAAGAAAGGAGUUCCCAUGGUACAGAUACUUUGAUCUUGAUCCACCUGAAUUAGGUGAGCUUAUCGGUAAUCCAAAGGCUGGUAAAUUGGUUCACAAGAUGGUUCACACAUUCCCUAAGCUUAUUCUACAAGCCAACGUUCAACCAAUUACUAGAUCUCUCAUCAGAAUAGAUUUGAGUAUUCAGCCAGAUUUCGAGUGGGAUGAAAAGAAUCAUGGAACUUCAGAACUUUUCUGGAUCUUAGUUGAGGAUGUCGACGGUGAAAUUAUUCUCUUCCAUGACACAUUCCUUUUGCGUCAAAGAUACGCACAGGACGAACACUACGUUACCUUGACUGUGCCAAUGUCAGAGCCAAUUCCACCAAACUACUACAUUACCGUAAUUAGUGAUAGAUGGUUGCACUCAGAGACAACACUUCCAGUUUCAUUCAAAAAUCUGAUCCUUCCAGAGAAGUUCCCACCACCAACACCUCUUCUCGAUCUUCAACCAUUACCUAUUUCUGCACUUCAUAACAAAGCAUAUGAAAACAUCUACAAACCAUCAAAAGAUAAUGAGUACUCGAUUGAAUCAUUCAACAAAAUCCAAACACAAGUUUUCCAAGCUCUUUACACAUCUGAUGAUAGUGUAAUUAUUGGUGCUCCAACUGGAUCAGGGAAGACUAUUUGUGCAGAGUUUGCUUUAUUGAGAUUCUGGCAGAAGACUAGUACCUCUAGAGCAGUUGUCAUCGAACCAUUCGAUGAUGUUGUUAGCCAAAGAGUAGAUGAAUGGUCUAAGAAGUUUAGUCGUCUCGACAAAGAAAUUGUUGGAUUAACAGGUGACAUGUCAGCUGAUUUGAAGUUGCUGGAACGUGGUGAUGUUAUUAUUGCUACACCUCAACAAUGGGAUAUGUUAUCACGUAGAUGGAAACAGCGCAAGAAUGUUCAAAAUAUCGGGCUCUUCAUAGUUGAUGAACUUCAACUUAUUGGUCAGCCUGACAUUGGUCCUACGUAUGAGAUUAUAGUUUCAAGAAUGAGAUAUAUCUCUGCGCAAACUGAGAAUCCUACUCGUAUUGUUGCAUGUUCGGUUUCCUUAUCCAAUGCCAAGACUCUUGGUGAUUGGAUCGGUGCAAACUCACAAGGAAUUUUCAAUUUCUCACCAAGCUCUCGUCCAUUACCAAUGGAGGUUCACUUGCAAAACUACUCCACUCCGCACUUCCCAUCAUUGAUGCUUUCGAUGGCUAAGCCAGCCUACUUAUCAAUUACUGAAUGGGCUGCCAACAAAUCUGUCAUUGCAUUCGUUCCAUCUCGCAAGCAAUGUUACUUGACAUCACAAGAUAUCCUCACAUAUUGCCAAGCGGAUGGUACGGAGAGAAGGUUUUUGAAUAUUGAGUUGGAAGCACUCGAACCACAUCUGGAGCAUGUACAAGAUGAGGAGCUCAAGGAAGUUCUUAGAUAUGGUAUUGCUUACUAUCACGAAGGUCUAUCUAAACAAGACAAAGUAAUCGUUGAAACACUUUACAACGCAAAUGCUGUUCAGUUAGUGAUUGCAUCAAAGGAUGUUGCUUGGUCUAUUCCAAUGAGAUGCUUUAUGGUCAUUAUCAUGGGUGUUCAGGCAUUUGAUGGUCGUGAACAUCGUUAUGUCGAUUACCCGGUCACUGACGUACUUCAAAUGAUCGGUAGAGCAUCUAGACCUUCACAAGAUAGUAGCUCAAAGUGUGUCUUCAUGUGUCAAUCAUCACGUAAAGAUUACUUCAAGAAGUUCCUUUCAGAGCCAUUACCGGUCGAAUCUCACUUGAAAUACGUCUUGGCGGAUCACUUCAAUGCAGAGAUCGUUACAAAGACUAUUGAAAACAAGCAAGAUGCCAUCGAUUAUCUCACAUGGACAUACUUCUACAGACGUAUGCAAUCGAAUCCAAACUUCUACGAAUUGUCAGGUACUUCACAUACUCACCUCUCCGAUUCUCUUUCAGAACUUGUUGAGGAUACUCUCAACCAAUUGGUUGAAGCCAAGUGUAUUACUGUUGAAGAUGAGAUGGAUACGCUUCCGCUCAACCUUGGUAUGAUCGCAAGUUACUAUUACAUUUCGUCCUUCACAGUCGAGACAUUCCAAUCAUCAUUGCAGGGUAGAACUAAGCUUAAGGGUAUUCUUGAAAUUGUUGCAAGUGCAGCAGAGUUUGAAUUGGUUCCUAUUAGAAAGGGAGAAGCAAACAUUCUACGUCGAAUUUAUGAUCGAGUACCCGUCAAGCUAGACAGAGUUGACUUUGAAUCGCCAUACUUCAAAACUUUCGUACUUCUCCAAGCACACUUCAGCAGGUUACAAUUACCAGCUGACUUGUUACAAGAUCAAGUCGAGAUAUUGAAGAAGGUAUUGAAUUUACUCUCAGCAGCUGUAGAUGUUAUGUCCAGUAAUGGAUAUUUGGGUGCUAUUGGAGCUAUGGAUCUUUCACAAAUGGUUGUUCAAGCAAUAUGGGAUCAAGAUCUUUCUAUUAAACAAAUACCACAUUUCAAUGCAGAAAUAAUUUCUAGAGGUAGAGAGAUGCAAAUUGAAAGCGUAUACGAUGUUAUGGAAAUGGAGGAUGAAGACAGAUCUAAGUUACUCAGUGGAUUAGAUAAAUCUAGAGUUCAAGACGUUGCCAAGUUCGUUAAUAGCUAUCCAUCAAUUGAUGUUGAAUUUGAUCUUGACACUAAGCAAGAGAUGAGAGCGGGCGAACCAAUAGCCCUUACAGUCAGACUCAGUCAAGACGUUGAAGAAGACGAGGAAGUUGAUCAAAGUGUUACUGCUCCAUUCUAUCCCUUACAGAAGAUGUGUAAUUGGUGGUUGGUCGUUGGUGACACCAAGACAAAGUCUCUCUUGGGUAUUAAGAAAAUCUCAGUGGCAAAAUCAUUGAAUGUUAAGCUUGACUUCCAAUUAGAGGAAGAAGGAACAUACAAAGACGUUAAGCUCUACUUGAUCUGCGACAGUUACAGUGGUUGCGAUCAGGACUUCCAGUUACCUCCAUUAGAAGUACAAGAAGGUUUGGAAUCGGACGACGAAGACGAAGACGAACAAAUGUCUGAGUGAAAAAAUUUUAAAAGCUGAUUUAUAAUUAUUUUUAAAAUUGUAUUUGAAUUUAUUAUCGUU